AUGACUCGUCACCUCCUGCAUCCAGGCCUCAUCUCCUCACCUCCAGCAUCUAUAGGCCUCAUACCCUCACCUCCAGCAUCUAUAGGCCUCAUCUCCUCACCUCCAGCAUCUAUAGGCCCCAUCUCCUCACCUCCAGCAUCUAUAGGCCUCAUCUCCUCACCUCCAGCAUCUAUAGGCCUCAUACCCUCACCUCCAGCAUCUAUAGGCCUCAUACCCUCACCUCCAGCAUCUAUAGGCCUCAUCUCCUCACCUCCAGCAUCUAUAGGCCUCAUACCCUCACCUCCAGCAUCUAUAGGCCUCAUACCCUCACCUCCAGCAUCUAUAGGCCUCACACCACCUCCAGCAUCUAUAGGCCCCAUCCCUCACCUCCAGCAUCUAUAG